CUCUCUCUCUCUCUCUCUCUCAGCCUCUCUCUCUCUCUUUCUCUCUCUCUCUUCCUCGCUCCCUCUCUUUCUCUCCUCCCUCUGCCUUCCCCGUGCAUAAAGUCUCCGUCGCUCUUGGAACUUGUUGGCAAUGCCUAUUUUUCAGCUUUCCCCCGCGUUCUCUAAACUAACUAUUUAAAGGUCUGCGGUCGCAAAUGGUUUGACUAAACGUAGGAUGGGACUUAAGUUGAACGGCAGAUAUAUUUCACUGAUCCUCGCGGUGCAAAUAGCGUACCUGGUGCAGGCCGUGAGAGCAGCGGGCAAGUGCGAUGCGGUCUUUAAGGGCUUUUCGGACUGUUUGCUCAAGCUGGGCGACAGCAUGGCCAACUACCCGCAGGGCCUGGACGACAAGACGAACAUCAAGACCGUGUGCACAUACUGGGAGGAUUUCCACAGCUGCACGGUCACAGCCCUUACGGAUUGCCAGGAAGGGGCGAAAGAUAUGUGGGAUAAACUGAGAAAAGAAUCCAAAAACCUCAACAUCCAAGGCAGCUUAUUCGAACUCUGCGGCAGCGGCAACGGGGCGGCGGGGUCCCUGCUCCCGACGCUCCCCGUGCUCCUGAUGUCUCUCUCGGCAGCUUUAGCGACUUGGCUUUCCUUCUGAGCGCGGGGCCGGCUCCCCCCGCGCGCCCACCCACAUUCACUCCAUGCUCCCGGAAAUCGAGAGGAAGAUCCAUUCGUUCUUUGGGGACGUUGUGAUUCUCUGUGAUGCUGAAAACACUCAUAUAGGAUUGUGGGAAAUCCUGAUUCUCCUUUUGAUUUCGUUUGAUUCCUUGUGUUUUAUUUGCCAAAUGUUACCAAUCAGUGAGCAAGCAAGCACAGCCAAAAUCGGACCUCAGCUUUAGUCCGUCUUCACACAAAAAUAAGAAAACGGAAAACCCACCCCAUUUUUUUUUAAUUUUUAAUUUUUAUUUUUUGGCACAAGAAUCUCAGGAACGGCCCUGGGCCACCUACUAUAUUAAUCAUGUUAAUACAUGACAAAUGAUGGGCUCCUCCUAAUAGGAAAGAGAGGAGAGGAGAAGGCCAGGGGAAUGAAUUCAAGAGAGAUGUCCACGAGGAAAGCAUAUGGUGAAUAAUUCACGCUCACGUCUUUCUUCCACAGUAUCUUGUUUUGAUCAUUUCCACUGCACAUUUCUCCUCGAGGAAAGUGAAAGGACAGAUUGUUGGCUUUAUGGUUUAAGGAUAGGAGGGAGAAAGAGAAGGGAUUGAGGAAAUCUCGGGUGUCUAGGUAAAGGCUUCCAGAAGAAUCGCUGCUAAAGUCACUGAGAGGUUAAGCUUUACCUGCUGUUGUCGAUGCAUCUUUCCAAGUCCACUGCCUUUAUUUUCCCUCUUGUUUUAGCUGUUACACAUACAGUAAUACCUGAAUAUCCAACGGUAUAGAUCACAAGGGGGGGGGUGUUAAAUGUUAAUCUAAAAUAUAGUUAAAAAAAGAUUUUGACAUAAAAGAGCCUUGAUUUUAAAAAAAGAGAGAGAUGUAAUUUAAAAAGUUUAUUAUAAAUUAAAUUCAGCAAAAAAAGAUUUGCUACAAAGUAUAGAGAAGUAUAAAAUAAAAGUUAUUGUUUGAAA